AUGCUUGGAGUGGUUGUCCAAGGCGACUCUAGGACGCGUCAGCCUGAAGAUCGGGGUGUUUACCUAGCGGCGAAGAGGGAGGCUAAGAAGGCAGUCUCCAAGGCGAAGUCGGACCGCUAUAAGGCUGUGUACGACAUGCUUGAUACCAGAGAAGGUGAGCGGGCAGUGUAUCGUUUAGUCAAAGCACGUCAUCGCUCAACGUUGGAUAUGGAGCACACCAAGAUCGUUGAGGGAGCUGGUUGA